GGUUUAAAAGCAGACUAAACCAGUCCACUUAUUCACAUCGGUAAUAGAUGAAUGAAAAGUUUUUCGUUUCUUUAAAACCUGUUUUCCAUAUAAAGACAUCGCUACGUGAAAAGUCCCGCCUCUAUCAAUGUAGGACUUGUCAGUCGAGUUGUAUGAAUAAUAUCAAGAGCGUUUUGCUAGUGAACACUUCAAGCGAGGCAUUAUUGUAAUAGCGAGACAACUCAAAUUCACACAAAAUCUAACCAGUUGUCGCAUUGAACACACACUGAAUAACAGGUUGAUUUAGCAGACUAAACGUAAGGACGUUCAACGUUUAAGUUCUAAGCAACACGAGGGACACUGACUAUUGGAUUAUUAUUGAGCGAUUUUUAAAACUGUAUUUUAAUAGCAGAUAACAGAAAUGGAGUUUAAGAGUUUGUUUUUAGUGAUUGCUUUAUUUCCACUGGUUAUACGAUCACAAGGGAGAGUUAAAUAUAAAAAGUUUAAACCUCGAAACGAUUAUCUCGGAUUAUCAGAAUAUGAGGAAUAUUGUGGUGGAAAACCAGCGGAUGUUGUAUUUUUACUUGAUGCCUCAAACUCUAUCUGGGGUCCAGAUUUUAAGAAACAAUUGGAGUUUGUGCAAAAUAUUGUUUCAAUGUUCAAUAUUGGUGAAAACUAUACACAGGUUGGUAUGGCCACAUUUAACAGACAUACGGAUCUUCAGUUUCAUUUAAAUACCUAUCACAAGAAAGAAGAUUUAAUUGAAGCUAUUGGAUUGGUGGAAGAGACUUACGGUGAUGCUACGAACACUGCGGAUGCUGUUCGCUUUAUGCGGAGAGAAAUGUUCAGUCCACGGCAUGGUAGUCGAAAGGGUGUUCCCAGAGUAGGCGUCAUUAUCACCGAUGGACAAUCGUCAAAUAUUUUAAGAACUGUUUUUCAAGCAUCGAGAGCCAAGCGGCAGCAUAUAAACUUGUUCGCCAUUGGCGUUGGUGACUUAGUAAAUGCUAGAGAAUUGCGAGGAAUAGCCAGUAAGCCAUCUAUGGAGUACAUGUUCCAGGUUUUGGGUUAUGGUGCUUUGGGUUCUGUAAGAAAUAUUUUAGCUGUCCGAACAUGCGCAGUAAGUGGUAAGCCAAAAAAGUUAACCACUCCAGUAUUUGUUAGAAGAACAACCACAAAUUCAUCAUCCACCAAUAAACAAAAUGGCGGACUGGUGCAUGAAAACAAAACUAGAACCACGACGCCAUCUUUUGAGCAGACUUCGGGUUUUGUUGAGAAACGUCGAAAAGAUCAUAAACCUCCCACCUCUACCAAAAAUGAAACAGCUGCAUCGUCGAAGAGAGGGCACCCUAUUCCUACAUCUGAUAUCAUUAUAUCGAAAACUACCAAAACCGGUAAUAUCCCCAUUUCCACGACAAUACCAAUCCUUUCAACUAGGACAUCUAUUGAGCAAAGUUCAAGCGAUAUAAGUAACUUAUUUGGAAGAAUUGGUCCACCAAAAUUCCCUCCAUUUCACAAUCCUAAUUCUAAGUUAGAAGCCGAAGAUUUCAUAACAGGUCAUUCGGAAAACACUUCUCCUUCUGGCUGGCUGCCUCUUGACCCAUUUGACGAAAAACCGUCAACUGUCUCUCCUAAUUCGGAAGAUGCGCGAAAUGCAGAUAGGUUUUCGGUUACUGACACCCAACACACACCGAAGGACCAGAAGGAAGACACUUAUUCGGGUGACGUAAAUGCCGAUAAUUCACAAAACAACAACCAUGACACGUUUACUGGUACCAAUAAUCCAAACAACAACAACGAGCUUACAAAUCUCGACAACAAUAAUAACAAGUUUAGAGCUAUUUCAAAUUACAAAAACAGUUUAACAGGUGUCGAUAACCCAAAUAACAAAACUAAUCAACCCAAUAUGAAUAAUAGAGGCGUCAAUCAUCACAACAACAGUAACAAAAGGUUAACGGAUGAUGCCAAUACGUACAAUAAUAAAAGGUUUACGGAUGCAGAUAAUCCGUACGACAAUAACAACAGAUUAACAGAUGCCGAUAAUCCUUACGACAAUAACAAGUUUACAGAUGUCGAGCAUCUAAGCAACAAUAACAAGUUUGCAGAUGUCAAUAAUCCAAUCAACCAUAAUAAGUUUACAAAUAGCGAGAAUCCAAACAACAAAAAAAGGUCCAGAGACGUCGAUAAUCCAAACAAACAAAACCGGAAUACAGAUGCCGAAAAUCCAAACAACAAGAACAGGUUUACAGAUGCCGAAACUCCAAACAACAAUAACAUGUUUACAGAUGGCGAUAACGCAAACAGCGAUUACAGGUUUACGGAGGACGACAAUCUAAACAAGAACCCCAACAACAUAUUUAGAGGUGUCGAUAAUCCAAACAAUCGUUUUACGAAUGUCAAUAAUCCAAAUAACAACAAUAGCAGGUUUACGGAUACCGAUACUCCAUACAAACAAAACCGGUUUACAGAUGCUGAAAAUCCAAACAGCAAUAACAAGUUUACAGAAACCGAUAAUCUUCACAAUAAUCGAAAUAAAGGUUUUGAUAAUCCAAACAACGGGUUUAGGGAGACCGAUAAUUCAAACAACAACAAUCCUUUUACGAAUGCCGAUAAUUCAAAUAAUAACAAUAACCGGUUUACAGAUGCUGACAAUCCAAACAAACAAACACGGAUUACAGAUGCUGGAAAUCGAAACAACAAUAACACGUUUACAGGUACCUAUUAUCCAAACAACAAUAACAAGUAUACAAAUGCCGACAAUGACAGGUAUACAGAUGAAGAUAAUCUAAACAAUAAUCAAAAUAAAGAACUUAGGGGUGUCGAUAAUCCAUACAACAGGUUUAGAAAAACCGAUGAUCCAGACAACAACAACAACCGGUUUACAGAUGCCGAUAAUCUAAACAACAACCCAAAUACAAGAUUUCGUACCAUCGAUAAUCCAAGCAACAACAACCGCUUUACGGAUGCCGAUAAUCCAAACAAUAACAAUAACCGGUUUACUAAUGCCGACAAUCCAAACUUCAACGACCGUUUUACAGAUGCUGCAAACAAGUUUACAGGUGCAUAUAAUCCAAGCAAUCUCCCGAAUAAUAGAUUUCCAGCCAUCGAUAAUCCAAGCAACAACAACCGCUUUACGGAUGCCGAUAAUCCAAACUAUAAAAAUAACCGGUUUACUGAUGCCGAUAAUCCAAACUUCAAUAACAACCGGUUUACAAAUGUCGAUAAUCAGAACAACAAUCCAAACAACAGAUUUCGUAGCGUUUCAAGCAACAACAAUCGUUUUACGGAUGCAGAUAAUCCAAACAACAAACCGAACAACCGAUUUCGAGGUGCAGAUAAGGCAGGCCACAAAAAUCGUUUUACGGAUACCGAUAAUCCAAACAAUAACAAUCAUUUGAAUAGAGAUGAAUUUACCGACAAUUCUAAUUACCGCAAAGGAUUUUCAAAUUCAUAUAAUUCCAAUAACAAUAAUAAAUUCCCUGGUUCGACCAUUCCAAUCGACGAACAUAAAUCCCCUUUUUCUGGAUUUCAAAACAAAAGGAAUGGAUUUUCAGACAGCGAUAAUUCCAACAAAGAACUUCCAAGAUGCAGGAAUGUAUCGCCGUCCUCUUCUGGUGACAUUGUUACUACAGAAGAGCCAAAGAGUAAAGGAAACGACAACCCCACUGCUCUACCUCAUGAAGGAAAAGAGAAGAUUAACACAACAGAUGAAUCAUAUUCUGGAGAUGAAGACAAAGCAACUACAACAACAACUCCCCCACCUCCAAAACCCACCGAAAGAACCAUGCUUGAACCAGCAUGUAGAAACAAGAAAGCUGACAUCGUCUUCGCCAUUGAUUCCUCUAACGGCAUCAACCGUAACGAUUACUGGCAGCAGAUUCGCUUUGUACGUGAAGUAGCCAGACGUAUGGAUAUCGGCGAGAACAAGACCAGGGUUGGCCUUAUUGUAUAUACUGACCAGGUCUUGCGCCAGUUUGACCUCUCAGACCAUACCAACAUGAAACCCUUAUUAGAGGCGAUUAUCAGUUCCAGACGAAGUGCUGGUGGUACUAGGAUUGACAAUGCCGUCAGAUAUGUAAGAACAAAAAGUUUCCGGAGAAGUCUCAGUCGACCCGGUGCUGCUCAGGUUGCCGUCUUCAUUGCCGGAAGCAAAUCUAGAAAUAUCCAUAAAACAAAGAAAGAAGCUGGUGAUGCUCGAAGUGCUGGAAUGACUCUGUUCAGUAUAGGGGUUGGCAAGGGAUACAGCAAGGAUGAGAUGCAUGUCAUAUCCAAGGGUAAUAAAGGAUGGGGUAGACAUGGUUAUUUUGUGGAUGAUUUUGACCAGAUAGAAACAAUUAUUAAAGAUUUAACAAUUCAAGCCUGUCGAACCAAACCAACAGAAACACCUCUUACUAACUUGUCAUGCGGAUUCAGGCAACAAGCUGAUUUAAUGUUUGUUGUGGAUAGUGCUAAUGCAGGGAGAACAAACACAAAGAAGACACUAGAAUUUGUUCGAGAUGUCAGUAAAUCAGUGGAUAUCGACCAAGACAAUGUCCAUGUUGGUCUAAUGUCGGCCGGAUGUGACGCAGGCGAAGAAGGGUUUUCGCUUGGAGCUCACAGAAAUGAACAAGCCAUGAAAGACGCCAUAUCUAGAAAUCAAAGGGGAACGGAUAUAAGCAAGCUACUGAAGGAUAUGCGUAGGAACUCGUUUUCCUCAAAAGAGGGUGGCAGAAAAGAUGCUAAAAAAGUUGCAGUAGUGGUUGUUGAUGGGCAGUUGGAACAACCACUGAAAGCUUUAAGAGAAGCCAGGUUUGCUAGAAUCCGGGGCGUGGAGGUGUAUGUGGUGGCGGUUGGUAAUGGUGAAGUUCAGAAAGAGAUAGAAAUGAUGUGUGAUGAUCCUCUACAGAAGCACUUUUUCCGUGUUGAAAAUUAUGAUCAACUAAAAGGCUUAAAGACGGAUCUUGUUGAUAUGUUUUGCGAUGAAUUAUAAUUCAGACGGCGAUUUUGAGAUAUUCUGUGAUAGGGUGAGAAUGUAUUUGGGGGACCAGGAUUCCUUAAUGUAAUGAUAAACCUACACCGGACAUAGACCAGGUCAAACCAGUAUGAACGGAAUGUCCAUGCUCCUAUUUGAUAUUAUAUGUCCCUAUUCCGUUCUCCAGUAGCUGACCAUUUUGCUCAGUUCUAACCAGGAACAUUUUGUGCUCAUGAUUAGUCUCCAAAGACAUAUUUAUUUACCAAAGACUAUGGAUACGAAAUUGCGGCGGAUGUAAUGACUAUUUGGAAAACUAUCGUACAAGUGCUGAGUGGAAUUUUAUGAGAUAUUGACUCGCAAUUCUUUCAUAGCUAGUGGGAAGUACAUUGAAACCGGUGUAGGGAAGAUUGGGGGUAGGGAUGGGCGUGUGUGCAAUAUCGGUGCUGCUAGAAAUGAAAUCGCUGUCUCUAUGACGUAAUUACUAGUUUUACGGUUCAUCAACGUAAUGUGUCGUGUUUGUGUAUUUGUUCUUCAAUGAGAUUAAUUGUUUCUCUUGGCCCAAAGGAAUGAAUCUCAGGAACAUUAGAGUGAAUAACAGUGGGCUUAACAUAUUACACAUCAACUUAAAAAGGACAAUAAGAGUGAUGUUUUCGCCAGUUAAAAGCACUAGGCCAAUAAAAUAAAUAAAUACCUGUGUUUACGUUUAAAUGCCCCCCCCCCCCAAAAAAAAAAUUAAAAAAAAUAAGAUCGGUCGCUCUGAUUUUUUUCGUUGUGUUGUUUGUAUUACCUAUUUCCUAACGUUUCUGUAUUAAUUAUUGUGAAAGGUUUUUGCAAAUAAUUCUAAUUCCCUGGGAAAUCGAGAAAAAAGUUUAUGGUAGGCGUUAUCGACUCAAAAAAUAGGAUCGGUGAGGUAACCGUAAACACAGGUAUUUUUUAUAUUGACCUUACAUAUAUAUAUAUAAAUUUGUCUGAAUGUCUAUGUCAUAUAUUUUUGUACAUCUAAUAGAUUAGUUUAAUCCAUAAAAAUAGUGCUAUUUACAAAUGUAUAAUAAUAAUCAUAAAUUAUAAAUCUAAAAGACGUGCUCAAUGCACAUAAAUUGUUCUUGGAUAUAUGAUCGCUAUACUCUGCUAUAUUUAUUACUUGUUAUUAAAUUGAGAUAUCUUCAACUUUCUAUAGGAUUAAUGCGGUGAACUUGGGAUAAAUUAAAUAAUACGUAACCGAUUUUCCUUUGAAGUCGCUGAUCAAAAUAUGAAAUAUGUAUUUUAAAAUUCACAUUAAUCAUAUUUAUGCAAUAACUAAAGCUCGGUGAUUCGUGUCUACAUGAAACUUUUUUAGCUUCUGUCUUACUUGAAUUUAUAUUAUAGAGCAAUUCUUGCCUUGUUCAUAUUUCCUAAUCCCAUGCAUUUUUUAAAAAUAAAAUAUAGAACAAAUAAUAUCCCAAUAAAUAAAUAUAUUAUAUAAUAGUUUGGAAAAUAUAUAUUAUCUGUUAUUGUUAUUUUUGUCUUUUCUAUUAUCCUCCCUUACUUCUUGUAUAAAACUAGUGAUUUUCUCACUCUUGUUAUUACGUUACUUUUUACAAGCAUUAUUUGUUAUUAUCCUAUCAGUUAUCCGUAUUAUGCAUUUUAUUAUGAACUGUCCAUCCAUAAUAUUAGUCAUCAUUUUGUUGAUAUUUUCAUCAGUAGCCCGAGAGUACAUUUCGAAGUUUACAUUAUGGGUAAAAAAACUUAUUGUACGAAUAGUUUCCAUACCUCCACAUUAUUUCAAAUAAACAAUAAAGAGAAAACUAGCUUGCUGAUACCCACAAAUUAAAAACAGAUACUGACAAACCACAACAUAUUAGAAACCCCCAAAUAACAACAUGAUUGGGUGAUAAAAUCACAUGAUUUCAAGUGAUUUCCAAAUGGCGGCGUACAUUCAAUUUAACACAGAUACCCUACAGCUCCAAAUAUAGCCCCAAAUAUAGCUCGUUUACUGUAUUUUUGUUAUGUGCACGAACCACUCUACCUACGGGUAGUUUGUUAUUAAGAAAUAGGAGACGUCGACGUUAAAAUGAAAGGAAUUUUCUAUUCAGGGGACAAAGUUUCGAUGGGAGUUUCCAUUUUGAAUGUCACAUGAUACCUGUGUUCUUUAACAUGAUUGGUCCAAUGUAGUCUCUUAAUUCUUUAAAUAAUGUCUGUUCAGCUAAACAGUUGCUUUCUGUAAACAGGAGUGCGAUAUUUUUCCCGUUUGUUGUAUAUUUGACUAAAUCAGCGCCCGGAUUCACUUCCCAAGUAUUUAACAAAACAUACGAUGAAAAUUGUUAGUGGCAUAAACUUCCUAUUUCAACGAUAAGUGUAAUCAGAUGUUCUAGAACAAGUAUUUUCGGGAUACAUCAUGUUUAGAAGAUUAUCAGAGUAUAUGUCUAUGGUGUAAUAUAUUAAUGUAAGUUUCUCCCGAAAUUUGUAAAAAGUAAAUUUGCCAGUUAAUGUAUAUAUAAAAUAUAUUAUUAUUAUUAUUAUAUUAUUUUUAAUAGAUCUGUUGUAUGAUAAUUUAUUUGUUAGUUUCGUGUUGAUGCGCUAAUAGUUUCGUAGUUAACAGAAGUUUCUGUCGCAGUUGGAUAAUAAAAUAUUAUAAAACCCA